AUGGAGCGCGGCGAGCCAGGUCUGCUGAGAACAGACCCAGUGCCCGAGGCUGGGGAGGAUGCUGUUGCCACGAUCAGUGUCACGGAGACCCUGUCCGAGGAGGAGCAAGAAGAGCUGAGGAGCGAACUCGCCAAGGUGGAAGAGGAGAUCCAGACUCUGUCUCAGGUGCUGGCCGCGAAGGAGAAGCACCUGGCGGAGAUCAAGCGGAAGCUGGGCAUCAGCUCCCUGCAGGAGUUCCGGCAGAACAUCGCCAAAGGGUGGCAGGACGUGACGGCGACGCCUGCAUACAAAAAGACAUCUGAAACCUUGUCUCAAGCCGGACAGAAGGCAUCGGCUGCUUUUGCAUCGGUGGGAUCGGUCAUCACCAAGAAGCUGGAAGAUGUCAAAAACUCCCCGACUUUCAAAUCAUUUGAAGAGAAAGUUGAAAACUUAAAGUCUAAAGUAGGGGGGCCCAAGCCUGCCGGAGGCGAUUUUGGAGAUGUCUUGAACUCGACUGCCAGUGCCACGGCCACAGAGCCUCAUCCGGAGCAGACACAGGCGGGCCCGUGA